AGGUCCCCCUGCCGCUCGUCGGCACGUCGAGGCUCGCUGGCCUCUUCGACGAUGGGGGCGACGCCGCGGCGCCCUUCGCGGCGCCCAGCAGAGCAGGAGAGCAGAGCGCGGCGCAGGAGAGCAGGCCCGCUGCGGCGCCCGUGGCCAGUGCACCCGCCUCAUCGCCGGGCGAGCGGCGGCCGGGUGCGGCGAGGGCCCAGGGCGGCAUCCUGUGGUCUGGCUCCGUCCGGCUCUUCCGGCUGGACGACGAGGGCGCUGAGAUGCAGGAGGUGGACGCGAAAGAGGGCCGCGGCAACUUGUUCGGCGCAGCGCUCCGGAUGUCCCAGGAGACGGACAGCGACCUGAAGCUGAUCGUCUAUUCGGGCGUGAAGAAGCGCGUGCAGCUCAGCGCCCCCGUGGCCUCGCUGGAACUGCAGCCGCCCAGCGGGGAGUCCGUCACCUUCUACGACGAGAGCUGGAUCUACUGGGCCCUGCAGCUCGGCGCCGCCGCGGAGGCGUGGGCGCUCCUCCGCCUCUUGGUCGCAGCCAGGUGC